UUUUGUGUUUGACUCUGAUCAGGAUGGUGCAGCAGUUUGGUGUGGACUUUGAGAAGUGUAUUGAGGGCUCAGGGGACCAGGUGGACACCAACGAGCUGUCGGGGGGCGCAAAGAUUAACCGCCUCUUCCACGAACGCUUCCCCUUCGAACUGGUCAAGAUUGUGUUUGAUGAGAAGGAGCUAAGGCGAGAAAUCAGUCACGCAAUCAAGAACGUCCAUGGUGUCAGAACGGGGCUGUUCACUCCAGACCUGGCGUUUGAGGUCAUCGUGAAAAAGCAGAUCGUUAAGCUGAAAACGCCCUGUCUCAAAUGUAUCGAUCUGGUCAUUCAGGAGCUCAUCAACACAGUCAGGCAGUGCACCAACAAGCUCAAUUCUUACCCAAGGCUGAGAGAGGAGACUGAGAGGAUUGUCACCACCCACGUGAGAGAGAGAGAAGGAAAGACCAAGGACCAGGUUCUGCUGCUGAUUGACAUUGAGCUGUCCUACAUCAACACCAAUCAUGAGGACUUCAUAGGCUUUGCUAACGCCCAGCAGAGAAACACAGCUGCAAACAAGAAGCGGCCCAUACCCAACCAGGCAUGUUGUUCUACUGCGAAGCAAAACGUAAUCACAGGAUGCUGUUGGUUGUUUUGUUGGCUGGCCAUUAACCCACAAGCAUCUUUCGAAUGGAGAUUUCAGAAUGUGCAUGGACACUGCAUCGAUCAACUGAGCAACAAAUGACAUAACCAAAUGUUUGUAUACCUGAAGUAAUUCUAAUUGCAUGUAACUCUCUUGCCCUGUCUCUCUCUCUCUCUUUCUCUCUCUUUUUCUCUCCUGCCUCCACCAUCUUGGACUACUGCUUUCUGUUUCCUCCUUUUUUUUCGCUCCCCUCAAACAUAUCAUUCCUUACCCCUUUUUUCCAUCCUUAUCUUGACCUCUUUUUCUCUACUUCCUCUCUCCUUCCAACUCUCCACUUGCUCCCUUUUUCCUCACCUCCCAUCUCUCAUCUCUUCCUUAUCUUUGCCUGCUCCCCUUUGCUUGAAUUUUCCCUCACCUUCCUUUUAACUGCAGGGUGAGAUUCUGGUAAGUACCCGAAAUAUUCUAACCGCGCUCUGCCGGGGGCAGCAGGGGUAGGCCAUGCAGGAGACUGAGGCCAACACACAGGUCAGCCAGUAUGGUUAGGGUGGAGAAGACAGAAUGCUGAGAGACAACAGGACAAACGGCUUCCUGCACAUACAGGAAUGUAUACCUCACCAUAAUGAGUUGUUUUACCCCUCUGCAGCUUGGCGUACUAGGAGAGGUCCAAGAGGAGAAGGUAGAGUCUCCAGAUGAAAUUCAUAUCAACAUCAAUUCUAGCUUUAGCACGCAGUUACCAGUAAUUUGGAACUGACUAAACAGUAACACACGGCAGGUUCACUCGUAAUUCUUGGUUUAGUUUAUUAAGACAGUAAUUGUCUUUAAUUGGACACAUCUGGGUUGCUACUAACAUUUCACUUUUUCUCCACCCAAUAUUUUUAAACAGGACAUUAUAAUUCCAAGAGAUUAUUGCACUUGGCAAUUCUUUGUGUUUCCUGUUAAGGACCUCAGAGAGAAAUCCUCAAUCACUGACCGUGGAGUGGCGUCAGUUCUCAUGUCUUAGGGUUUAUACCUCUGCUGCUGCCUCGUGCAUUGUGAAAGUGUGCCUCGUGAGAAUCAUCCCUAACAUCGCUGGGGUCGAAACGGGGAGGGAGUGGGAGGGGGGAUUUUAAUCGACAACACAGUAAACAUUUUGAUUCUUUGAAAUCUUCUUUGCAUUAAUUUCCAAUGAUUUCUUUUUAAAGUACAUGUAUGUAAAAAACCAUUUCCCUCUAAAACGACAUACAUAUCCAAAAACCCACCAGUCUCCACGUUCCUAAUGAGUAUUUCUGUAUUCAGAGCGAAUCAAAUUUGUUUGUAAUGUCGUAUGGGGACUGGUCAUGGCUUUGGGAUACAUUCCAAUGAUUUCAAUGGGCUCGUUUCAUUGUAAUCAUUCAAAUGUUGUUUUCCUUUGGAGUUCAUCUCAGAAGUAACCGUACACCUUAAACAAAUACGUGUGACGCAUACAUCUACAACCAUCUUGGCAGUUGUCAUCUACUAGCAAAAAGUAUUCAAACUAAAGCAUCUCAUUAUCUCCUCUUUCUUAAUGUCAAUUGGUUUAACAUUUCCCUCUGACUUUAACAAAGUGGAUUUCAAACUUUAAAGUCGUUUUUCCCCGCAUGUCUAACUAAUAAUGUUAUUGCCUCCUCAUGUUUAUGUUGCUGUUGGAACUAAUCAACAUGUUUUAACCCCGUCACUCACCCUAGUCCUCUGUUGGAUGGAGAGGGAGUGCAGAAGAAUAAAAUACUUUUCUCUUAAUAAUAAUAAUAAUAAUAAUAAUAAUAAAUGGGAUUUAUAUAGCG